UGACGGCGGAAGGAGACACACCGCACCCUCGACUUUACAAUUUAUGAUGCUCUAAUUUCUACCAGGACUCGUCUAGGACAUCGGGGACACCGCGAGCCAGAAAAUGAACAUCAUGAGGAAAUGGUGGGGGUCCGGUGGACGAGUGGGGGGCAUGGAAGGGGGGGACACGGCCAACUCGCAGGCAGCACAGCAGCACCUGGCGCUCGGCCUCAUGCACCUCAAGAAGCUCUUCAGCGAGUACUCGUACCCACCGCACCCUCUCUCUGAGCCCGAGAAGGAGGAUAAGCUCUACAACAUGCUGCCCCUCUUCUGCAAGGUUUUUGGCUCAAGUCCAACCUCAGAUCUACAGGAGAAAUUUGGAGACGUGUUGCUCUUCACACAACAUGUCAGCAAGUUGAUGGUGACGGAAAUCAGACGGCGUGCCUCCAACCAGUCAACGGAAGCAGCCUCUUGCGCCAUUGUGAGGUUCUUGGAGAUAGAGAGCUGUGAGGAGAGCAGCAACGGCUGGAUGCUGCUGUCCACGCUGAAUCUUCUGGCCGCCGGUGCACCUCAGCUGAUUGAGGUUAUGACAGCUGCUUCCCUUCCGUCAACGCUUGUGAAAUGCCUCUAUCUCUUCUUUGAUCUUCCUGAGUAUGAGAGCCCAACAACCAAUGUGGCAGAUCAGGCGGACAAUAAUGCAACAGAUUUUUCUGUCAGUGAGAGAAGGAUCUUGUUGCAGAAGGUCUUUGUACAGCUUUUGGUUCGUCUGUGCUCCCACGCUGCCCCAGCAGAGGAACUGGCCAGGAAGGAUGACCUAACGCUUCUCUUCUCAGCCAUCACAUCUUGGUGUCCACAGCAUAAUGCUCUCUGGAGGAAGAGUGCAGCGGAAGUGCUCAUGACGCUCUCUAGACAUGGCCUCUCACAACCUGUCGUCAGUUAUAUUCAUAACAAAGGAUGUGUAGCUCUCUGUGUGGAGAACAUGGAGCGAGGACAGGAUCUCUCUCCUCUAGAGAUUGUGGAGAUGUUUGUCACGGUCUUCUGCUUUUUGAAAGACUCUUCUGAAGUGUCACAGAUUCUCCUGGAUGACUUCAGAUCCUCGCAGGGCUAUGCCUUCCUGGCAGAGUUCCUUCUAAGACUGGAGGCAGACACAUCGGAUGAGAGCCGAGAAGCCCUACGGAAUCUUGUCCUGCUUGUGUCGUCACUUUCAUAUUGUGGUUACAUUGAGCUCAAACCAUCAACUGCGUCAAUUGGCUCUCUCUUCCACAUGCCAGGCUUUAGUCUGCCUGUACCCUCAGGGAGAGGUGCAAGUGUCAGGAACGUGCAAGCCUUCAACGUCCUUCAGUCAGUAUUUCUGCGUGGCACAACCUCUCAUCUCUGCUCAGUGGUCUUGGAUGCCAUCUCUGCUGUGUAUCACUCGGACUCUGCAAACUACUUCAUUCUUGAGCCCCAGCAUACCCUCUCCACUUUUGCUGAGAAGAUCCACACUAAGCCCAAAGAAAUACAGGAGAAAUACUUCCAGCUGCUAGAAUUUGUGGUGUUCCAGCUGAACUUUGUGCCAUGCAAGGAGCUGAUCUCACUAUCCAUUUUGCUGAAGGCCCAACACACACUUUCCUGUUCUAUCACCUGCAUGGCCACACUCCUCACUAUUCUCAAGCAUAAUUCUGUUUUCAAAGACGUGUACCGUGAAGUAGGAAUGCUGGAAGUGUUUGUGACUUGUCUCACGCGUUAUCAUGAACUGCUCAAGGGAAGAACAGAGGUGGAUGAGGAGAAGAAAGCAGAAGGAUUGACUCCAGAGGAACGUCUAGGAUUCCUAGUGAUGGAAGCACUCACACACCUCUUGGCGUCCAACAGUCAGAACGCUGCAGUUUUCAGGGAGUCGGGUGGCGCCAAGUGUGCAGUGGCACUAGUUCCCCACCUUGAAUGUCGUCACCAAGCACUGGGUGUCAUGCAACAGCUGAUCCUCGCUAGUGGCAGUGAUGACGACAUGGGCUCAUUACUAGGCCUCCUGCACUCUGCUGCUCCGACAGAACUCCAGCUAAAGACUGAUAUUCUCAAGUCGCUUCUAGUCUGCCUUAAAGAAUCUCACCGCACGAGAACUGUAUUCCGUAAAGUCGGGGGAUUUGUCUAUGUUAUGAGUGCCCUUGUAAGUUUGGAAGGAAGUCUAGGAGACAUCACACCUCCUGCCUGGAAUGGAGUGCCCUCAAGACAGAUCCUCACACUCUUGUUAAAUGUGUUCAACACACUCACCACCGCCAUGAGAUAUGAACCGGCCAAUGCGAAAUUUUUUCAUCAGGAGAUUUGUUACACCAGUUUCUGCGACACCCUGCGCCUGCUGGGUUGCUUCAUGACCGAGACGACAUUGCAAGACAGCAAGGAAGGGUUGACAGAGGACCAGCCUUCAGAAGCUGUGGUUGCCAAAGACUGCUCCUCAGAUGGGGUUGAUCUGACCACCUUCCACACCAUCUUCACCACGCCCAUACUGGAGUAUAUGCCACCUCCUGAGAUUCCCGUAUCCCUGGUACGUGUGGUGCAAAUCUUACAGUUGAUGUACCACAUGGCACUGGAUGCCUUUGACAAGCCCUCUGUCCCAACCUUCACACCUCCUGUCACAUCAACAUCUGGGGGUGAUAACAAGGUGACAGACAUAUCCCCGAGUAAUAAGCGACCUGUUGGAGGACUCAACCUCGGCCCCACUCCAGCUGAGCCAGUCAUCGUGCAUGCUGGAGUGCUCACCGCCUUACUACGUCUCCUGCCCUCCAUACAGCACCCAUCACAUCCCAGGCUAGCAUGCAUGCUUCAGCUCUACACUGCACAUCUUAUCAAACCCUCUGUCCCAACCUUCACACCUUCCUGUCACAUCAACAUCUGGGGGGAUAACAAGGUGACAGACAUAUCCCCGAGUAAUAAGCGACCUGUUGGAGGACUCAACCUCGGCCCCACUCCAGCUGAGCCAGUCAUCGUGCAUGCUGGAGUGCUCACCGCCUUACUACGUCUCCUGCCCUCCAUACAGCACCCAUCACAUCCCAGGCUAGCAUGCAUGCUUCAGCUCUACACUGCACAUCUUAUCAAAUCCUUAGUCCGCACAGAACGAAACCAGCAACUGAUGUGUGAAGCUGGUUUGACGGGUGACCUCUUAGGCAAAUGUUCAGUGGCUCUUGUCAGUGAGAAGCAUUCCUUACAUUCACCACUGCAGUACAUCUUUGAACGGCUUGCUGCCCAGGCCAUACACCCAAGAGACUUGAGGAUCUUCUUAAGACUAGGUAAUCCUCUGAACUGCCAGAACUUGGAUGAAAUAGACAUUAGCAGGGGGCAGUCACCAAGCAAUGGCCCUGUUCCUCUUACACGGAUAAAAACAAUUGUGUCGAUGACAACACCCAGGGACUUUAGAGUAGGAACAUUGGUGUAUCCUUCCUUUGUGGAGUUUGACAUGAGUGCAGAAGGCUUUGGCUGUCUGUUCCUUCCCUCCAUUGCACCACAGAGUGCUGGAGGCGGAUCGGUGGUUGGGUCGGCCCUCUCUUCCACAGAGCCCAAUGUCAUCGGGGGCAUUGGAACAGGGGAUCGAAUCUUCCCACCUCAGACUGGCCUCACAUACAGCACCUGGGUGUGUGUUGAGAAAUACAGUGACCCCCGGACAGAUCCACACUGUGUGCGGGUGCUAACUCUUGCCCGACAUGUCCCAGGCCGCGACCACCACUUGGUGUGCCUGUCAAUUGUCAUUUCAGCGAGAGACAAAGCUCUGAUUGUGUCCACACAUGAGACUAAUUUGCCACAGCCUGGACAAGCUGUCAAAGAAUGGGAGCCAGAGAUGGUAGGUGACUUUGGCUGCCGAGUGUGGUGCCCAGACUUGUUGACAGAAGGUCAGUGGCACCACCUGGCUGUCUCUCUGAGCCGCUCUGUGCUCAAGAACUCCUCCCUUUGCAUCUACAUUGAUGGGCAACUGGUGACACAGAAGAAACUGCACUACAUCCUACAGAACCCAGGGGGAGGAGCAGCCAAUCUCACUAUUGCCUCUUCAGUGUAUGCAUAUAUUGGCACACCACCAGCUUACAGGCGGCACUCCAAGUUGGUUUGGAAGCAGGGUACAUGUCAUUUGGUGGAGGACGUUCUUCAGCCACAGAUGGUAAUGCACCUCCAUCAUUAG